AUGCUUUCGGAGUGCAUUGAUCAAAUUGAUAGCGCUUCAGCAUAUGCAGUUACUGAAUGCUACUUACUGAUAGCCCGUCAUUUGUUAGGAAAGAGUUUUUGUGAAGAAUUGCUUGAGUUGGCUCGUUUGAAUACGCCUGUGGCACUACACCUUUCUACUGCUCUUCUCCGAGCGGAACAAAUGGAUCUUCUAGGCAACGGCUGGGCUUAUACAAUAUUCUCUGUUGCUGUAUUUGGACCGAUACCAAAAAAGGAGAGUCGUGUUGUUAAUGCAGCAUACGAAAUGAUCUCCACUGAAAUUUCGAAUCAGCUUGGUGAUAUUCACAGGCCAUUUGAAGUAGUUCAACGGACAAGAUUAAAUGGUGUUCUUGCUGCCGUGAAGCUCUCAAGGAAAGAUCCACGGUUUGCCAGUCAUCUUGUGGACAUCAUUAUUACUGAAACAAAUUGCAUGAACCUGAGUUCUUCU